UCCUGCCAUUCAUGGAUGUCUCUCUCACGCGCCACGUUGUACCUACCUACCUACAAGCAAUCGGUACCUACUUACUCACAAUCACUACAACACCACCUCACUACCAUCCCAGUAUUCACCCAACACUACGUCAGAACAGCCCUCUAAACCCAACUCCGCCCUACAACUCUCCAACCCACCCCACGCAUUCCCACAUUCCAAAACCUCUCACUCCCCAAAAGGCAUAUAUACAAACCAAGCAUGGCAACCUCCGUCGCCUCCAAACGACUCUUCCACGAAUACCGCACCCUGACCACCGACCCCCCAGACGGCAUCACCGCCGGGCCCCUCAGCGAAGACGACCUCUUCACCUGGGAAGCCCUCAUCAGCGGGCCCGCCGACACCCCCUUCGAAGGCGGCAUCUUCCCGGCCACGCUGGUGUUCCCCAAGGACUACCCCCUUGCGCCGCCCACGAUGCGCUUCACCUGCGAUAUCUGGCACCCGAAUGUGUAUCCGAACGGGGCGGUGUGUAUCAGUAUAUUGCAUCCGCCCGGGGAUGAUCCGAUGAUGUAUGAGAAGGCGAGUGAGCGGUGGAGUCCGAUUCAGAGCGUGGAGAAGAUUCUGAUUAGUGUGAUGAGUAUGCUGGCUGAGCCGAAUGAUGAGAGUCCCGCGAAUGUGGAUGCGGCGAGGAUGUGGAGGGAGAGGAGGGAUGAGUAUGAACGGAUUGUGAGGGAUGGUGUGAGGAAGGGGCUUGGGCUGUGAGGAGAGAUGGUUGGGAAUGAAGAGCUAGGGUGGUGGACGUGAGGCGACGGUGUUGCGAAUGCUGCUUGGUGCUGAUCAGUCCAGCAAUGUGCGUCCCGGUCUGGUAGAUUGGGCUGAAGAGGCUACGAUACUUGGGGGACCAAAACUACUUCCAAGAACUGGGAGGAAUCUUUAUUCAAUUGUUGAAGCUUUCGAUUGGCAUGCAAAACGUAGCCAUAUAUUCAUAUCUUAUACACAAGGAAGCGUAUAUCCCACGAGAGGAGAAGUCUAUGCCCUCGCAGGUCUACCGUAUCUUACACCCGUAUCAGACGCACCAUUUCACUUCCUCU